AAAUUGAGGCCAAACUUUUCAAUUUGCGCAAACCGUGACUGAGCUCCUUUAAGCUAACUAACUCAUUAAAUAGCUUAAUUCGUUAAUAUGAAGGAAAUAGAAAGAGAAACACUUAAGUCGCAAUUCGUUUUAGAACAAAAUACAUCACCAAGACUUUUACAGGGAUGAGGCAGAAUUUUGUCAGUAAAACUUUUUUAUGGCUCCAUCAAUGUGUAUUUGAAAUUUUUUGUUUUCUUGUGUCUUUGUUUAUAUAUUUGUUUUUGCAGAGGCAGGCUCGAUCUCCUUACAACAUUAAAAUGGGAGUGGCAUUAUUCAGGAAAGAGCACACAGACUUAGUUAUUUUUUCUUAAUUUUCAGUCAUUAUCGUGUAAAUGACGUCAGACGCUUCACUAACUCACGGCCUUUGCGCCCGGGAUCGGAAGACUUUGCGAACUUGUGGUUGGAAAGAACAACCUAUACAAUCGCCUCACCUUUGCCUGGAAUUCUCAGAUGGUUUCAAGUCACUUCUUCUGAAAGCAUUGAAAUCAGUCCUUUACAGAACGCCGUGGAGACCGUGGAGUCCAAGAAUAAAGAGCUGGAUAGGAUUAUCACUAAUCUGUCCUCAGACACAACUCAGAGUAUUAACCCACUGAGUAUGAUACUCAAUGGUAUCAUUGAUGCUGCUGUCAUGGGUGGGAUAGCAAAGUAUGAAGAGGCGUUUUUCGCCGCGGAAUACCUGAAAAGCAAUCCAGGUGAUAAGCUACUUAUUGACCAGUUGAAACGCGCCAUAGAAAAUCAGGUUAAAAUUUUGGAGAGGGGACUUAAACUCCAUGACGCGUUAGCAACGAAAGACUUGCGUCCGUUUCAUAACAAGAUGGAGACGUGUUUUGCUGACAUGAAAGCUCGUGUCUCAGGGGAGGAGAGAAAAUCAUCUAGGCCUAAAGAUCUACAGAUUCCUUUGCCUCCGAUACCCUCUAACCAUGCCGCGACACUUCCGCACAUAAGGGAUUUAAGAAAACAGAGCUUACCUGACAUUGGCAGAGAAAGUGUUCCUGUGACGAAUUCAAAACAGAGGCGUCAAAGCGAGUUUCCGCCACCACGAAGCAUGUGGUACGACAGCGAUGACCAACCAGCCAAGAAGAUUUCUGGAUCAAAGUCCCUGGAAGCUCUUUCAGAACUAGAUGAACUUGCUCCGCCAGUUCCAAAGAAGGGCUCUAAACCGGAUCUCACAUUUGGGAUCUCUCCUGAGUCAAUACGCCGGAGGACCACGAUUGGCGGAAAACUUCACCACAGGAGUUCCUCACCAGCGGGCAUGCUCAGAACGGUCACUUCUCCAGUGCAGCCUCUUCGUGACAAUGGAGAAAUGUCCCCUGCUCUCCCUCCCAAGCGCAAAAGCAUGGUGGUCUCCAAUCCUACAUUAAACGGAGCAGAGACUGGACACGAUUCUAAGGUCAUCCCCCCUCCUGCUAGCGAAGACAAUCUCCCCGCGCUACCUCCCAAGAAAUCUGUUUCUCGGAUGUCUGCUGAAGUCAACGGCCCUCCGGUUCCAGAAAAACCAAAGCGCCCAGUGACACUGAUAUCUCCUGAUGAUGACUGCAAUUCUGCACCUGUGCCUCUGUUGCCAGAGAAACGAAAAAGCUACGCUAGCACUNAAUAUGUAACAACUGAAGAGGUGGCAAAGAAAUCUGGAAACCAAUCAGGCUUCAACGAAAUGAACCCAAGAACUUUGUGA